AACCCUAAUCUCUCUUUCUCUCCUUGUCUGACGCAGCGGCGGUGCUACCCUUUUAUUCUUUAACAACCUCUUUCCCAAUUCAUCGAUCUUCUUCUCAUCUGCAUAGUCAGCAAUCAUUCCUUAAGCAUAUUGCCUCCGGCCGGAUCGAUUAAAGCGCGUCAGUCUCAGGUAACGGUGAAUUUGACUUGUAAGUCCAGCUUGGCCAUGGAGAUGGGUGCAAACCAGCAGGAAGUUCAAUCCAUGUUUGUUAUGGUGAGAUUCAAUCGUGGUCCAUACCAUGGUGCAGUAUAUAAAGUAAAACUUGAGCAUGGAGAAUCUGGUGAAGCUUCCGCAGGGGCUGAAGUUGAAUCCUCUCUGCCGGUACUUAACCCGGUGUCUACUUUUUUUGAUAAGAGUUUUGAGCUCCCGAAGAAUUGUUUGUUUGAGGGUGCGAGGUUUGGCUCCAAGUUAUAUCUAAUGGCAAAUGGACAUGGUUCGCCUUGCAAGCCCGUCACAACCGUCAAUUCCUUUGUUUGUGACAUGAACUCGAGCUCAGACCUCCAGCAAUUCUCUCCGCCCAAAGCUGCUAAACCAUUUGGUGCUGUUAUAUCUGCAUAUGGGAUGCUUUAUUAUUUUGCACAUCCAUCAAGCUCCCCACAUAUCCCAGACCCUUCGUUUGAGCGAUAUAAUCCCACCACUAAUUUAUGGGAAUCCUUGCCUUCCUAUCCAUAUAAGACUCUGCCUAAGCCAUGCAUGGAGGUAGUAGGUUAUGCCGUUUGUUAUGGCUACAUAUUGUUUUCAAUGUACAACCGCAAGGAAUGUGCAGUGCUAGCUUUUCAUAUUGGUACAGAAAAAUGGCAUCAAGUCAAAAUCACCAAUCCCAGCGAGGCUUCUUCUUAUUAUCCUUUUCUGGGGAGGGCUGUUGUUGUAGACAAUAUUAUCUAUGCCCCGUCUUUUUUCCCAGAUGAAGUUAUAGCAUUCUCUUUUUGGCGAGAUUCAGAUCAUAAUUGUUUUCUAGGCACUCCAUUACCUCUGAUGGUAAUGGAUACUCCGCAUCCCCCAUCCCCGUUAAUGGGGAGGAUAACUAAAAAUUUGGUUCAUUUAGGGAUGCUGCAUUUUUGCCUUGUACAGACUGGCCGGAACCAAUGUUCUGUUGAGCAUCAAUAUCUUUGUAUCACUACAUUUCGAAUCCUACGUGAGGAAGGUGGAAUGGAUGUCAGGACCCUACGUUCAUCUGUAUUUCAAGUCGGCAUGAUGGGCAGUGGCGCUUUCCAUGUAAACUUCAGCUUCACACCGGACUGCGAGGAUAUUGAACCAGAAGAACAAUACUGUCCAACUGCACCGGCCGGAAGUAAAAGUGAAAGUGCAUUGACUUCAGAAGAAAAAGGAAAUAAAGAUCAUUGUAGGUGGGAUGUUGCAACUGGAAAACAAGAGGACUUCUUCUCCAUUCCAACCAAACCGCUUAUUCCAAGCUAGAUUUGAAUGCAUUCUGCUGCAUUACAUCAAAUUUGCCUGCUGAUUUCUUUUUAUAUUUUAUUGGGAGAUAAUCAAUUUAUCCAACUUUCGUUGGUUUGUAGCUUUGGUAAAUCAAAACAAUAGUAAUUAUAUACUAUCAACUUUUCACAGAAUUUUAUGAAGGUUCUUC